CCCUCUUUUGAGGUCAUAGUGCAAUUUAUUUAGAAAAGUGGUUGUGAUCCUUCACUGUUUGUUCUCUUGCAAAGAGUUUAUGUGAUCUAUGGCUUGUUUUGGGCUGUUCAGGACUGGUAAUAACUUCAAGUGUCUUCAUACAUGUAGCAGAUUCCUUUCAAAUGGAUUUAAGCAGAACAUUGCCAACAGGAGCUCAUCAAUGUGCUUUGGUGCUCCCCAUGUGAACUGUGCUGCGUUGGAAGAGGGAGUGACAAAGUUCUAUAGGAAUAGAAAUCCAAGGAGUUUGGAGCUGUUAGGUGUUGCUGAGAAACCAAAAGGUUUUUGGACCAAAACUCGUCGCGUUGAUUACUACCACAGAUUGUUGGUGGACAAAUCAUCCAGACAUUUCACAGCAUUUGUGCACCACAAUAAUGGGAACAGAAUAGUGGAUGCAUCCACAAAAGAGUUCUGCGUUAGCCGACACCUAUACAAGACCAGUGACUGUUGUGCUGCCUACAAUAUAGGCAGGGUAGUUGCUCAUCGAUGCAAGAAUGCUGGCCUGAACAGGGUCAUGUGGGAACACAAAUGGGAUAGAGACCAUGCGAGGAUCAAAGCGUUUGUGAGUGGCCUGAAGGAAGAAGGACUCAUUCUCAACGAACCGAAACCCAAAAAGAGUCUACCAGAACCUGGUGAACUUCCUAGGUAGUCACAUGAACUCCUUUGUCUAUCACACACUUGUCAUGCAUGUGCUCGUUCUCACAAUGCUUGUUUAUUCAAUUGGUCAUUCCCAAGAGUAA